AACGCGGCCCCCGCCGCUGUCCAGCCGCUCCGUGCCUUUCGCGCCCGGCGCAGCCGCUGCUGUCGCCGCCGCCUCGCCGAGAAACUCAGCCACUCGCUCGCCAUGGACACUCCUAGGGUCCUUUUCUGGGCGAUCUUCCUCAUCAGCUUCCUCUGGGAUUUGCCGGGUUUCCAGCAGGCUUCCAUCUCCUCGUCCUCCUCCACCGAAUUGGAUUCCACCAAGGACGUGGGGAACCGCAAAGAAGGGAAGAUGCAGAGGACUCCACAAGAGAGUGCGGAGGGCCGGACGCCCCAAGAGCACCGGCCGCGGCAGAACGAGCUCCGGCGGCGGCCGCCUGGACAAUCUCAGGGGCAGGAGUCGCCGGGCAGGGGCCCGCGCGUGGUCCCUCACGAGUACAUGCUGUCAAUCUACAGGACUUAUUCCAUUGCUGAGAAGCUGGGCAUCAAUGCCAGCUUUUUCCAGUCUUCCAAGUCAGCUAAUACGAUCACUAGCUUUGUAGACAGAGGACUGGACGAUCUCUCGCACACUCCUCUCCGGAGACAGAAGUAUUUGUUUGAUGUGUCCACGCUCUCAGACAAAGAAGAGCUGGUGGGCGCAGAGCUGAGGCUUUAUCGCCAGGCGCCCCCAACGCCCUGGGGGCCACCGACCCGACCGCUGCACUUGCAGCUUUUCCCCUGUUUGUCCCCAUUGCUACUGGACGCCAGGACCCUGGAUCCUCAGGGGCCAACCCAGGCGGGCUGGGAAGUCUUCGACGUGUGGCAGGGCCUGCACUCUCAGCCCUGGAAGCAGCUGUGCUUGGAGUUGCGGGCAGCCUGGGGUGAGCUGGACGCCGGCGAUACUGGGGCGCGCGCGAGGGGUCCCCAGCAGCCACCGCCUCUGGACCUGCGGAGUCUGGGCUUCGGUCGGAGGGUGCGGCCGCCCCAGGAGCGCGCCCUGCUUGUCGUGUUCACCAGAUCGCAGCGCAAGAACCUGUUCACUGAGAUGCACGAGCAACUAGGCUCUGCAGAGGCUGCGGGAGCCGAGGGGUCAUGGCCAGCGCCGUCGGGCGCCCCAGACGCCGGGUCUUGGCUGCCCUCGCCCGGCCGCCGGCGGCGACGCACCGCCUUCGCCAGCCGUCAUGGCAAGCGACACGGCAAGAAGUCAAGGCUGCGCUGCAGCAGAAAGCCUCUGCACGUGAAUUUUAAGGAGUUGGGCUGGGACGACUGGAUUAUCGCGCCCCUAGAGUACGAGGCCUAUCACUGCGAGGGCGUGUGUGACUUUCCACUGCGGUCGCACCUGGAGCCCACCAACCACGCCAUCAUCCAGACGCUGAUGAACUCCAUGGACCCGGGCUCCACCCCACCCAGCUGCUGCGUUCCCACCAAAUUGACUCCAAUCAGCAUCCUGUACAUCGACGCGGGCAAUAAUGUGGUCUACAAGCAGUACGAGGACAUGGUGGUGGAGUCCUGUGGUUGUAGGUAGCGGUGCUGUCCCGCCGCCUGGGCCAGGGACCAUGGAGGGAGGCCUGACUGCUGAGAGAGGAGCAGGAGCUGGCCUGGAAGAGGCCACAGGUGGGGGACAGCAUGAAAGUAGGAGCACAGUGGGAGAGGAGGCAGCCCAGUCUUCCCAGAACCUUCCCACAACUCAGAAGCAGCUAAGGGUUUCACACUUUGCCUGGCCGUCCCGGAAAGACUAGACACGAAGGAUUCUUUAUUUUAUUAGUAUGCUUUUUUUUUCAUCUUGGUUUUGGUAGGAUGUGGAAAGAGGGGAGAUGUGUAUCUGUUCACAAGUGUUCUGUGGGAGGAGGGCGUGAGAGAAAUAACCGAUUACUUGUGUCCCUGUCUCAGAUUGGUUGUUUCUACCUGUGUAAGAAAGUGAGACCUUUUGAAUUUUUCCAGCCAAGUCACAGCUGGAGUCCUCGGCUGCACAGGAAAGAUUAGGGGAGUUGGCCAAAGGAGUAUGCCAGUCUGGAGGGGUCUUGCCCUUAGAGAAGCUCAAGCUGCCUCCUUUCCCCUCUGCGCAAUUCCCAUUCAUCAGCUCUGUCCUGGCCUCUCCCAGCUCAGGGAACUGGGAGUUGCCACUGCUGCGGACUCAGGUCUCCGGAUGCCUUUACUCUUGCUGGUGGGGGGAAAGGAUUUGGUAUGGAUGGAAUGACAAGAAUUAGUCCAUGUGGAACCCCGUGAAGGAUAAUGAGAAACCACAAGGCCUACCUCUGACCGGGUGACACUGAGGUGCAUUACCCAAGCCUGGAGGUAGCCCACCCAAAAGCUCUUGGUCAUGUUUCUCAUUGAUUUCUUUAAAACAGAAUUUGCCAAAAUUCCAGCAUCUCCUUCUAAGGCAAAGGGUUUUUUUUUGUUUUGUUUUUUGUUUUGUUUUUCUUUUAAUGGUGAGGGGUGGAAACUCUAUAAUUAAAGUAAGA